AUGUACUCGAAAAGAUCAGCAGAAGGGGAUGGACCCGACGCAAGGCCAGUACGUACAAGCGAUAGGAUCAGGAGCCGGCCGAAGUUUUAUAAUCGCUCAUACUUGCAUUAUACUCCCACAAUCAUACGGUCUAAGAGAAAGAAGACCAAAACAAGGGCUGCUGCUGCUGCUCAAAUAGCUAGGAUGUUGCAUCAAAAGAGAUCAUCCAAAACAAAUUCUGCGGCCACCAACCUCAGGCGCUCCACUAGGAAGAGGAGGAAAAAUCAGCCAUCGAUAAUCUUCUUUGAUGAGAUAGACGGCCUUGCCCCAGUCAGGUCCAGCAAGCAGGAGCAGAUCCACAACUCGAUCGUAUCCACAUUACUGGCUUUGAUGGAUGGUCUCGAUUCUCGGGGGCAGGUGGUCCUGAUUGGGGCCACCAACAGGAUCGACGCCAUAGAUGGAGCCUUGAGACGUCCAGGGAGAUUUGACCGCGAGUUCACCUUUCCUUUGCCCGGAUGCGAGGCACGAGCGGAGAUUUUGGACAUACACACUCGUAAGUGGAAACAGCCGCCUUCCAAGGAGCUUAAACUGGAGCUUGCGGCCAGUUGCGUGGGGUAUUGUGGAGCUGACCUGAAGGCUCUGUGCACUGAGGCUGCAAUACGCGCCUUUCGCGAGAGGUAUCCUCAGGUUUAUACCAGCGAUGAUAAGUUCUUGAUAGAUGUUGAGUCCGUGAGGGUAGAGAAGUAUCACUUUUUGGAGGCUAUGUCCACAAUCACUCCUGCUGCCCACAGGGGCUCCAUAGUGAACUCGAGGCCGUUAUCGCCCAUUGUUGCCCCGUGUCUACAAAGACUUCUUCGCAAGGCAAUGGGUAUUAUUUCUGAUAUAUUCCCCGUUCUAACAGUUUCUUCGGAGGUGACUAAGCUUUCAUUGGUUUCCUAUGGAUCUGCAAUUUCACUUGUUUAUCGGCCUAGGCUUUUACUGCAUGGCGAUGAUUGUGUUGGAUUGGAUCAUAUCGGGCCUGCAGUUUUACACGAACUGGAGAAGUUUCCAGUUCACUCUCUCGCACUACCAUCUUUACUUUCUGAUCCUGGUGCCAAAACACCAGAGGAGGCGUUGGUGCACGUGUUUGGUGAGGCCAGGAGGACUACACCGUCAAUACUGUAUUUACCUCAAUUCCACCUGUGGUGGGAGAGUGCUCACGAUCAAUUAAAGGCCGUACUGCGUACACUAUUGGAAGAAUUGCCUUCUGACCUGCCCGUAUUGCUGUUGGGUACUUCCUCGACCCCGCUUGAUGAGAUAUGUGAUAAUCCAUCCUCAGUAUUCUCUGAUCGCAAUGUGUUGCAAUUAAGCCCACCAUCAACCGAAGACAGAUCUUUGUUUUUUGACCUCCUGAUUGCAGCAGCAUUGUCAGUUCAAUCUGAUGGUCUAGCAAAGGAAUCAGCUAGAUCCCAGAACCUUCCGGAACUUCCGAAAGCACCAAAAGUGGAUACAGCACCAAAGGCCUCCGAAUUACGGGCCAAAGCUGAAGCUCAAUUGCACGCCCUUCGACGGCUGCGCAUGUGCCUUCGAGAUAUUUGCAAUCGGGUUCUGUAUGACAAGCGUUUUAGUGCCUUCCAUUAUCCCGUCGUGGAUGAUGAUGCACCAAACUAUCAUGCGAUUAUCCAAAAUCCUAUGGACGUAGCUACUUUGCUUCAGCAUGUCGAUAGUGGAAAAUAUAUCACGUGCAAAUCGUUCUUGGAGGAUUUUGAUCUCAUUUUAACGAAUGCCAAGAAAUACAAUGGGAAUGAUUACAAUGGAGCAAGGAUUGUCAGUCGGGCCUAUGAACUUCGAGAUUCUGUAUGUCCAUCCAUCAGUUCAUUCUAA